UUCUACUCGCCGAUAUCCAUGCACAACUGAACUAUAAUGUUGUAAAUACAUGCGGAUUUUACCCAGUUUUCUGCCAUCGCUUUUUGAAGCUUUUCUUGCGUUUUUACGCGCGUCGAUGGUAUUGCCAAAAACCUACUCAUACUUUUAAAGUUUGAAUAAUUCAUGAGAUACAAUUUGCCUGCUCGAAAGAAGCGACUGUAAAAAGGGAGGGGGGUUAUCCACAAACAUAUUCAUAAGGGUUGACGGAAUGGCCACCGCGGCUUCCAAUCCUUAUCUGUCCAGCAAUAGCAUCUUAUCGUCCGGCUCCAUCGUGCACUCUGACUCCGGAGGUGGUGGCAUGCAGCAGGGCAGUGCUGCGGUUACCUCGGGGUCUGGGGGCUACAGGGGAGACCCCUCAAUCAAGAUGGUACAGAGUGACUUUAUGCAAGGCGCAAUGGCAGCGAGCAACGGGGGACACAUGCUGAGCCAUGCCCACCAGUGGGUCACUUCCCUGCCGCACGCCGCAGCGGCAGCCGCAGCAGCCGCGGUGGCUGCAGCUGAAGCCGGCUCGCCCUGGUCGUCGAGUCCCGUCGGGAUGACUGGCAGCCCGCAGCAGCAGGACGUGAAAAACUCCGGCAGAGACGACCUGCACACGGGCACCGCGCUGCACCACAGGCCCCCUCACUUAGCUCCACACCAGACUCACGCCGGGGCUUGGGGCAGCACGACUGCGGCGCACAUUAACUCAUUAUCCGGGGGACAGCAGCAGCAGCAGUCGCUUCUCUACUCCCAGCCGGGGGGGUUCACUGUGAACGGUAUGCUGAGUCCGGGGAGCCAGAGCUUGGUGCACCCGGGCUUAGUGAGGGGGGACACCCCAGAUCUGGACCACGGCAGCCACCACCACCAUCACCACCAUCAGCAUCCGCAUCACCAGCACCACGGCGGCGUCAACAGCCACGACCAGCACUCGGACGACGACACGCCGACCUCCGACGACCUGGAGCAGUUCGCCAAGCAGUUCAAGCAGCGGAGGAUCAAACUGGGCUUUACGCAAGCGGAUGUCGGCUUGGCGUUGGGCACCCUGUACGGGAACGUUUUCUCUCAGACAACCAUUUGCAGAUUCGAGGCUCUGCAGCUCAGUUUCAAAAACAUGUGCAAGCUCAAGCCUUUGUUAAACAAGUGGCUAGAGGAGGCCGACUCGACCACCGGCAGCCCCACAAGCAUCGACAAGAUCGCAGCGCAGGGGAGGAAGCGAAAGAAGCGCACAUCCAUCGAAGUGAGCGUCAAGGGGGCUCUGGAGAGCCACUUCCUGAAAUGCCCCAAACCUUCGGCCCAGGAGAUCACCGGCCUCGCGGACAGCUUGCAGCUGGAGAAGGAGGUGGUUAGAGUAUGGUUUUGCAAUAGGAGACAGAAGGAAAAACGGAUGACGCCCCCAGGAGUGGCGCAGACGCCGGAGGAUGUGUACUCUCAGGUCGGCAAUGGGCAUUUUUUAGUAGAUUACUUAAAAGAUGCAAGUGAAGCGAGCGACCAGAGGGUGACAACUACAAACUCAUUCCACCAGGUAAUUUUGGCGCAUUAAAACACACCAAGAGGAAACCAAGUAUUGUUUAUUCUUUUUUUUUCUCUUCCCUCCUCCAAAAAAUAUUCCCUCUCAUUAUCCUGUGUUUGAUUGAAGAAACAAAGGAGCAGGCAUUCUGUAUAUUUAGAAAUGGGACUGAACCGCCUUCCCUGCUCUAACAAUAACAAGAGGGGGAAAAACUGCAAGAAUAUGAACAAGAGUGACAUCCACGACGCUUCCAUCCUGAUCUACAGCAUUUGUGUUUUUCUGAGGUGGACUGCACGGUUUCAUUUACACACACGCGGAGGAUUAGGGAUUUUUGUUGUCAUGUUGAGGCCUCAAAAGCCCAGAAAGAAGAGGAAAACAGGACCAGGACUGUCCCCUGAUCUUAAAGAUCACACUCUUUUUGGGGGCUUUUUCUUAUUAUUUAAUGGACUUUGACACCGUGAGUGGAUUUUUCCUCGUUUUUUCCACAAAUAGAGCAUAAGACAUUUGAAAAGACUUCAACUGCACUUAUUUGAGAAAAAAAAAUCUGUUGCCAAGUGUGACUGAGUGAGUGCUGUGGAUAUAUUAUUGCUGCCCUUUCUAAGCAGUAUUCUUUGGUAGGUUUUAAUAAACAAAACUCUGUAAAGCCGGCAAUAUAGAUCACUAGAUCAGAUACUGAUCUGAGUUAUUUACUUUAUAUUUUUCAUCAGAAUGACUUGUUUUAAUAUUUUAUUCGGAAUACGUAUGAAUUAUUCCAAACGGUAAUUUAUUUCCUCCUCCAGGAACUUGUGUAAGAUGCUUUCCCUUUUAUUCUUGUUUUCCCUUCAUUUCUUUCUUACAUUUCUGUUGUUGCCCUUAUUUGUUUCAUUUUGUAUUAUCGUUUCUAAAGGAGCACAAAUCAUCAUAAGCUGACAUUGACCGUUGUUAGGUAAUAAGGGUAUAUUUUGAUGUGAUAAUUUGAUUGUAAUUUAAUUUUCAGUAGUGGUUCCGUACGAGCUGAUUGAGACACAAUAAAUUUGUUAGAAUG